CAGGGCCCGGCCGGUGGAGCGAGCGGGGAAGGACUGCGAACCGAGCGUGGAGCGCGCAGGGAGCAGACAGCGGACCGUGAGUGAGUGACUUCUGCACAACCAGCUGGGCACCAUGAACGGCCACGCUUCUCUCGAUGUCCUGAUCACCAAUGGCACUGAGCCAGCCAUCAUCCCCAAGACCACGAAGACCGGGCUGGAAGCCAGCAUUCCCUCUGGGCCACAGGCCAGGAGCAUUGCCGGGGUGUAUGUGGAGGCCUCAGGCCAGGCCCAGAGUCUCUACACUGCCAUGAAGCAGGGCCUCCUGCCUGAUGGGCUCGGGCUGGCUCUGCUGGAGGCCCAGGCAGCCACUGGGGGGCUCGUGGACCCUGCCCAGGGCCAGCUGCUCCCCGUGUCUGAGGCCCUGCGUCAGGGUCUGGUCGGCCUGGAGCUGAAGGAGAAGCUGCUGGCUGCUGAACGUGCAGUCACUGGGUACCCUGACCCCUAUGGGGGUGAGAGGCUGGCUCUCUUCCAGGCCAUCGGGAAAGAAGUUGUGGACAGGGCACUGGGCUGGGGCUGGCUAGAGGCCCAGCUGGCCACGGGGGGCCUGGUAGAUCCCAUCCAGGGCGUGCGUGUGCCCCCAGAGCUGGCCUGCCAGCAGGGCCUCCUGGACCAGGAGACAUGGCGUGGACUGUCAGAGCGUGAGCCAGGCUCAGGUGCUCCGGGCUUCCUGGAUCCCAACACGCUUGAGCAGCUGUCCUACAGUGAGCUGCUGGGCAGGUGUGUGCAGGCCCCCAGCACGGGGCUGGCCCUGCUGCCCCUGAAGACCACUUUCCGUACCCUGAGUGGGGCGGCGAGCUUGGCCGAGCUGCUGGAGGCAGGGAUCCUGGAUGAGGAGACAGCCCGGGGCCUGCAGGAGGGCAGGCUGGCAGUGCCAGAUGUGAGCGCACGCCCCCAGGUGCAGCGUUACCUGCAGGGCACCGGCAGUGUGGCGGGGGUUGUCCUGCUGCCUGCUGGCUGCAAGAAGAGCUUUUUUAAGGCUGUUGCCGAGCACCUGCUCCCAAUGGGUGCCGCACUGCCGCUCCUGGAGGCUCAGGUUGCCACCUGUGCCCUGGUGGACCCAGCCACCGGCCAGCAGCUCUCAGUGGAUGAGGCAGUCAGGGCAGGCCUGGUUGGCCCAGAGCUGCAUGGGCAGCUCCUGGAGGCAGAGCAGGCAGUGACCGGCUACCAUGACCCCUUCAGCGGCACACGCAUCCCCCUCUUCCAGGCCAUGAAGAAGAAGCUAGUGGACAGGCCUUGGGCACUGCGGCUCCUGGAUGCCCAGCUCACCACAGGCGGGCUGGUGUGUCCAGCCCACAGGCUCCGGCUGCCCCUGGAGGCUGCCCUGCGCUUUGGCUGCCUAGACGAGGAAACACAGCAGUGUCUCUCGCAGGCUGCUGGCUUCUGCGACCCCGGCACACAGGAGAGCCUUAGCUAUGCGCAGCUGCUGGCCCGCUGUGUCACCGAUCCGGAGACGGGGCUGGCCUUCCUGCCCCUCUUGGGGGGGCCCCUUGGAGAGGAGCCACAGGGACCCCCAUUCAUUGAGCACAGUACCCGCCAGGCUUUGAGUGCAGCCACUGCCACCGUCUCGGUGGGCAAGUUCCAGGGCCGGCCCGUGUCGCUGUGGGAGCUGCUCUUUUCUGAGGCUGUCCCCAAGGAGCAGAGGGCAAUGCUGGCCCAGCAGCACAAGAAAGGGGACCUCUCAGUGGAGGAGCUGGCAGCUGUGCUAACGACCACUGUGGAGCAAGCUGCAGUCACUACCAGGACCACCUUUGCUGGGCUGAGGGUCCCCGUGACAUCAAGAAAGCUGUUGGAAGCGGAGGUCAUCGGCCAGGAUGUGUAUGAGCAGCUGGAACGGGGACAGACCACGGCCCAGGAUGUGGGCAGACUGGACUUGGUGCAGAGGUACCUGUGGGGCACCGGCUGCAUUGCCGGCCUACUGCUGCCUGGCGCCCAGGAGCGGCUCAGUAUCUACGAGGCUUACAGGAAGCGGCUCCUGCGGCCGGGCACGGCCCUUAUCCUGCUGGAGGCACAGGCAGCCACCGGCUUCAUCAUUGACCCCCAAAAAAACAAGAGAUACUCCGUGGAGGAGGCGCUGAGGGCUGGCAUCAUCGGGCCCAACAUGUUCGCAAAGCUGCUGUCGGCCGAGCGCGCUGUCACCGGCUACAAGGACCCCUACACCGGGGAGCAGAUCUCCCUGUUCCAGGCCAUGAAGAAGGACCUGAUCGUCAGGGACCACGGCAUCCGCCUGCUGGAGGCCCAGAUCGCCACGGGCGGCGUCAUCGACCCGGUGCACAGCCACCGCGUGCCCGUGCACGUGGCCUACCAGCGCGGCUACUUCGACGAGGAGAUGAACCGGGUCCUGGCGGACCCGAGCGACGACACCAAGGGCUUCUUUGACCCCAACACGCACGAGAACCUCACCUACAUGCAGCUGAUGGAGCGCUGCGUGCGUGACCCUGAGACCGGUCUCUUCUUGCUGCCGCUCAGCAGUGUACAGCCCAAGCUGGUGGACAGUGCCACCCGGCAGGCCUUCCAGAGCCUGCUGUUGUCAGUGAAGCAUGGGCGAUUCCGGAGGCAGCAGGUGUCCGCGUGGAAGCUGCUCAACUCUGAGUACUUCAGCGAGACCUGCAGGAGGCAGCUGCUGCACAGCUACCAGCAGCGCAAGGUCUUGCUGAGCCAGCUCCCACAGCUGCUGGAGAGGGAGGUGGGGAGGGGCGCAGGUGUCACGCUGCCUGUGCUGCGAGGCCAGGUCACCGCCCACGAGCUCCUGGAGGCCCACAUCAUUGACCAGGAGCUCCUGGAGAGGUUGCUGGUGGGGGCGGUCAGCCCCGAGGCCCUCCUCCACAUGGACAGUGUCCGCAAGUACCUGCGUGGCUCGGGCGCCGUGGGCGGCGUACUGCUGCAGCCCUCCCGCCAGCGACUCAGCCUCUACCAGGCCAUGAAGCAGAAACUGCUGGGGCCAGGAGUGGCCUUGGCCCUACUGGAGGCCCAGGCAGCCACCGGAGCCAUCACGGACCCCCACAGUCUGGAGACCCUGUCGGUGGCAGAGGCUGUGCGCAGGGAGCUGGUGGGGCCAGAGCUGUACGCCAGGCUGAGACGGUCUGAGGACGCUGUGACUGGCUUCAGAGACCCCUUCUCUGGGGAGCGGGUGUCCCUGUUCCAGGCCAUGAAGAAGGGGCUUGUCCGCGUGGAGCAGGCUACCCGCCUCCUGGAGGCCCAGGUGGCCACAGGAGGGGUCAUUGACCCCAGAGGCCACUACCACCUCCCCAUGCCUGUGGCCACCCAGCGUGGCUUCAUCGACCAGGAGAUGGAGACGGCCUUGUCCAGCUCCUCUGAGACCUUCCCCACGCCAGACGGCCGGGGACAUACCAGCUAUGCCCGGCUUCUGGAACAGUGUCUGAAGGACGAGUCCUCAGGCCUUUACCUCCUGCCUCUGCCGGAAAGUGCUCCUGCUGUGCCCACAGACCAGCAGGUCCAGGAGACCCUGCAGGCCACACUGGGGACCGAGGACGGCAAGUCUCUGUGGGAGCUGCUGGUCUCCUGCCACUUCACCGAGGAGCAACGGAGGGGCUUCCUGGAAGACUUCAGGGUGGGGAAGACCACUGCGCACCAGCUGCAGGUGGCUGUGCGGACCUGGCUGCAGGGGGCAGAGCUCCUGGCACGGGCCCGCAUUACUGUGCCUGGCCCGCGGGGCCAGGUUCCUGCUGUCUGGCUGCUGGAUGCUGGCAUCAUCACCCAGGGUACCCUGGCAGCACUGGCUCAGGGCACGCAGUCGCCUGCUGAGGUUGCCGAGGAGCCUGCAGUGAAGGCCUGCCUGUGGGGCACGGGCUGUGUGGCUGGGGUACUGCUGCAGCCCUCAGGGACCAAGGCCAGCAUCACCCAGGCGGUGAGGGAUGGCCUCCUGCCUGUGGGCAUGGGGCAGAGACUGCUGGAGGCCCAGGUGGCAUCAGGCUCCCUCAUUGACCCUCUGACAAACCAGAGACUGUCGGUGGAAGGUGCCAUCAAGGCUGACCUGGUAAGUGGCACACUGAGCGAAAAGCUCCGGCAGGCCGAGAGGGCGGCGGCCGGGUACACAGACCCCUACUCAGGGGGCUCCCUCUCGCUGUGGCAGGCCAUGGAAAAGGGGCUUGUGCCCCAGAUCGAGGGCCUCCCCCUCCUGCAGGCACAGCUGGCCACAGGGGGCGUGGUGGACCCUGUCUAUGGGGUCCACCUGCCCCAGGCGGUAGCCUGUAGGCGCGGCCUUCUGGACGAGGUGACAGGCCAGGCGCUGACUGGGACAGACGAGGACAGCAAGUUCUUCUUUGACCCCAACACGCAGGACAAGGUGACGUACCAGCAGCUCAAGGAACGCUGUGUCCUUGACACUGACACUGGCCUGUGGCUGCUUCCGCUUCCCCAGGACGCGGCGUCUGAGGUGGACGACCACACAGCUGUGGCCCUGAGGGCCAUGAAGGUCCCUGUUGGUGCUGGGAGGUUCAAAGGGCUCACGGUGUCACUCUGGGACCUGCUGCACUCAGAAUAUGUCAGUGUCCCCAAGCGGCGGGAGCUGGCGGCGCUCUGCCAGUCCGGGAGGGCCACAGCCCUGCGGCAGGUGGUCAGCGCAGUCACCGCCCUGGUCGAGGCCUCAGAGAGGGAGCCCUCACAGGCCUUCUUCAGAGGACUCCGGAAACAGGUGUCAGCCAGAGACCUGUUCAGGUCCCAGCUAAUUGACAAGAAGACGUUGGAUGAGCUGAAUCAGGGAACAAGGACCGUGCAGGAGGUGACACAGAUGGACAGCGUGAGGCAGUUCUUGGAAGGAAGCAACUUCAUCGCCGGGGUUCUGAUUCAGGGCACGAAGGAGAAGAUGAGCAUCUCAGAGGCCCUGAGGAGGCACAUCCUGCGGCCGGGCACGGCCCUGGUGCUGCUGGAGGCCCAGGCAGCCACCGGCUUCCUCAUUGACCCAGUGAAGAACCAGAAGCUGACUGUGGAAGAGGCAUUCGCAGCAGGGAUGUUUGGCAAGGAAACCUACCAGAAGCUGCUGUCAGCCGAGCGCGCCGUCACCGGCUAUACCGACCCCUACACCGGGGAGCAGAUCUCCCUGUUCCAGGCCAUGAAGAAGGACCUGAUCGUCAGGGACCACGGCAUCCGCCUGCUGGAGGACCCCGACACGGGGCUGUACAUGUUACAAAUUGUAAAGAAAGGAGAGACAUACAUGUACAUCGAUGAAGCCACCAGGCAGGUUCUGAGAUCCAAAACUGUGACAAUGCACGUGGGGAGGUUUGCAGGUCAGAGACUGUCCUUGUGGGACCUGCUGUCAUCUCAGUACCUGACAGAGGAUCAGCGGCGGAAGCUGGUUCAGCAGUACAGAGCCCAAACCGUGCAUCUAGACCAGUUGCUGGAGAUCAUCACCGCCACAGUCGAAGACACAGAGAAGCAAAACCAAGCCAUCAAGGUGCCAGGCAUUGGUGGGGAAGUGACAGCUGCAGAGUUGUUCAAUGCUGGAAUCAUCAAUAAAAAGACCCUGGACACACUACACAAGGGGAAAGGUGGCGGAGAGGCCCUCAGCAGGCUAGAGCACGUGAAGACCUACCUGGAAGGCCGUGGCUGUAUUGCGGGGGUGACCGUCCCCCACACCCAGGAGGUGAUGAGUGUCUACGAGGCCAGCACAAGAGGACUCAUCCCCAUGUGGUUAGCGGCUCUGCUGCUGGAGGCACAGGCAGCCACAGGCUUCAUGCUGGAUCCGCGGAGCCACCAGAGGCUCUCUGUGGACGAGGCCAUGGCUGCCAGCCUUGUGGGCGAGGAGCUGCAGGAAAGGCUCCUAAAUGCUGAGAAGGCCGCCAAAGGCUACACGGACCCAACCACGGGGGAAACAAUCUCACUGUUCCAGGCCAUGGAGAGGAAAUUAGUGAGUCGGGAGGAGGCGCUCAGACUGCUGGAGGUGCAGGUGGCCACGGGGGGCGUGGUCGAUCCCCGGCACCACCUCCGGCUCCCACUGGACAUGGCCUACAGGCGCAGCUGUCUGCACCACGACAUAUACCCACUUGUUUCAGAUCAGAACCACAUGAAUAAGAGGUUUGUGGAUCCCAACACGUAUGAGAAGGUGACAUACCAGGAGCUUCAGGAGAGGAGCCGCCGGGAAGAGGGGGCAGGCUGGGCUUUAUUCCCCAUGGUCCGGGACACAAAGGACUGCACGUAUGUCGACGAGGCAACGAGGAGGGUCCUGGAGACCGAGCGAGUGGAAGUCACAGUGGGCAGGUACAGGGGCCAGAAGCCAACAGUAUGGGAGCUGCUGAACUCCGAAUAUGUGACAGAGGAGAAAAAGCUGGAGUUAGUCGGUAAAUACAAAAGAGACACUGUGCAUGCACUAGAAAAGGUGAUAAAGAUUAUUGUCACAAUGAUUGAUGAGAAGGAGAAGACCAGUAAGCAGUUGUGGUUUAGAGGCUUCAGGAGACAUAUCACGGCCAUAGAACUCUUCCGUUCCACCAUCAUUACCAAGGAAACGUUGGAGGAACUUGAGGCGGGGCGCAAGACGGUCGAUGAGAUCACGAAAGACAAGAACGUCAAGCGCUAUCUGGAGGGCACGAGCUGCAUCGCGGGCGUGCUGGUGCCCACCAAGGACAAGCCCGGGCAGCAGGAGAAGAUGAGCAUCUACCAGGCCAUGUGGAAGGGCAUCUUACGCCCGGGCACGGCCCUGGUGCUGCUGGAGGCCCAGGCGGCCACCGGCUUCGUCAUCGACCCGGUGCGCAACCAGAGGCUGUCCGUGGAGGAGGCGGUGGCCGCGGGCGUGGUGGGCGGCGAGAUCCGGGAGAAGCUGCUGUCGGCCGAGCGUGCCGUCACCGGCUACAAGGACCCCUACACCGGGGAGCAGAUCUCCCUGUUCCAGGCCAUGAAGAAGGACCUGAUCGUCAGGGACCACGGCAUC